UGGACGGCUGUGCGGAGCUGUGCCAUUUGAAUUUCAGCACAGACACUCGCUCGCUGCGCACUCCCCAUUCCUGGCGCGCCUCCCAGCGCGGAGUUUAGCCGAGGCUCGGGCUCAGUUUUCCCUGCUCUCUCCCUGCACUGACAGCUUCUCCGGGCUCCCGUGAGCCAGGGCUCCCGAGCGACCAUGGAGGACACCACCUUGCAAAUCAUCGAGCCGCCCACCGUCUCCGAGGCCUCGGAGGAGCAGGCGCCCGAGGAGCCCAUCAAAUCCGACCAGAUCAACGGCGUGAUGGUGCUGACCCUGCUGGACAAGAUCAUCGGAGCGGUGGAUCAGAUCCAGCUGACCCAAACGCAGCUGGAGGAGAGGCAGCAGGAGAUGGACAGCGCGGUGACCAGCAUCCAGGGAGAGCUGACCAAGCUGACCAAGGCCCACACCACCACCAGCAACACCGUCAACAAGAUGCUGGAGAAGGUGCGCAAGGUGAGCGUCAACGUGAAGACGGUGCGGCAGAACCUGGAGAAGCAAGCCGGGCAGAUCAAGAAGCUGGAGGCCAACGAAGCGGAGCUCCUGAAACGCAGGAACUUCAAAGUCAUGAUCUACCAGGAUGAAGUGAAGCUCCCGUCUAAACUGAGCAUCAGCAAGUCUCUAAAGGAGGGUGAAAAGCUAGAGAAGGAAGGUGAAGGUGAGGAGGUACCUGCGGGUGAGGACCAUGCAGAGGAGGACCACAUCCAGCUCUCCUCGGAUGAGGAGGUAGAGAUUGAGGAGAUUAUCGAAGAGUCACGGGCAGAGCGCAUCAAAAGGAGCGGCAUGAAGAGGGUGGAUGACUUUAAGAAGGCAUUCUCAAAGGAGAAGAUGGAGAAGACUAAGCUAAAGACCAAGGAAAACCUGGAGAAGACCCGCCACAACUUGGAGAAGACCCGCCACAACCUGGAGAAGAGGAUGAACAAACUGGGCACCAAGAUUGUGACUAAUGAAAGGAGAGAGAAGAUGAAGACCUCUCGGGACAAGCUGAGGAAGUCUUUUACCCCCGACCACACCAUUUAUGCCAGGUCUAAGACAGCUGUCUACAAAGUGCCACCCUUCACUUUCCACGUCAAGAAAAUAAGAGAGGGCGAGGUGGAGGUGAAAGCCACGGAGCUGGUGGAGGUUGGUGGAGAGGAGGGAGAAAACUCAGAUCUGAUGCGAGGGGAGAGCCCCGAGAUGCACACGCUGCUGGAGAUCACGGAGGAGACCGACGCGGUACUGGUGGACAAGAGCGACAGUGAGUAGGACAGGCUGCAGCACGGAAGGGUUGUGGACGACAGCUGAACAUGUUAUCACUCACAUUUCGAGCUCUCCCUGCCCUGGGAGCCCCAGGGAAGUGUACACGAUGCAUCCUUCCUACCCUGCAGAGCCGACGCUGAUCCCCUGCCUGCUUUGGACAAGGUGUAUUUUAUAUUUUAGUUUCAGCACACAAACAUUAGGAACACGGGAUUGUUUUUCUUACACUGUUAAGUCACCCUCGGAGACCAUUCCUGCUGCAGCCUUCUCACCCCACGCCUGAAGAUGGACUUUGAGCGACAGGGCCCCCGCCCAGCUGGAGAGUGCUGAACCCAAGAUACCGGCUGUACAGCUGGAAAGCUCAAGAGCCCUCCACAAGCUAAACCUGGUGUCAAGAAAGCUUCCUGCAAGCAGCCCGCCCACCCACAGACCCCCAUGCCAGGUGCGUGGCCGCCCCACAGGCAGGAAGAACCCCAGCACCCACACUGGCCGCUCCCAGAGGAACUGGGAUGCAGCCAGAGCAUGGGAGGGAAGAGCUGAGCUAGUCCUGUUGAUAGGCAGAGCACGGCCCUCCCCAGCACCAGCUGAGCCGGCAGCACCCGGGAUGGCUUCCAAGGAAGCCGCCCUGCAGCUGGGGCUGCCCUGGGUGCCCACGGGGCAUCCACCACCCAGCCAGGCCCUCUGCUGCUCCCUGCUGUGCUGAGGCUGCUGCUGCUCAGCCCCAGGAGCAGUGUGGGCUGCAGGCUCCCCUGCCCAGGGGCCCAGGGACUGUGGUGAGUCCUCACCAGGGCAGGGAGCAGCACGGAGGUGGGGUGCUGGAUCUGCUCCCUCCUCACUCACAGCAGAGGGGCAGCGGGCAGGAGGCCCAUGCUCACUGCCUGGGGAGGGGGGACACGCAGGGAGCGAUGCCGGAGCAGCCACCGCUGACCCGCAAGAUGUUUCCAGAGGGAAACGGAAUGUGCUGCUGCCACGUGAGGCUCCCGACCAUCAGAGAGUGGCCUUGACACCUGUCAGCACCGGACCUUGAGCAUUUCUGAGCGUCUGUUCCCUCCGGGGGUCCUGGCACAGCUUGGGCUCGUGCCCACGUCCUUCACUUUCCUCCCUGUUUCCUGCUUUCUGCAGCUUUCGCUCCAUGCCCCGAGCGAGGGCAGCACACGGCGGCUCCAGGGCCCUCCUGGCUCUCACACACGCAGCCCCUGCCCCACCAUCCCCAUCCUGCUCCCCCCCGGCACGAGGCAGCUGCUGCUCACAUAACCCUAUAUAUAAACUUGCUUUUCCUGUAAGAAUUAUUUUCCUUCAUACUGUCCAGCGCACCCAGCCUGUCCCAGCCCCGGGGCCCUGCCACAGGUGAGGCCGGUCCUGGUCCCGUGUGCUGGCUGCGGGCAGCCCUGGGACACCAGAGGCUGCCGGGGUGGGGGCACCGGCUCUGGGCUGCCCGUGAGGCGGAGGGGUUGGCAGUUCCCAGUGCUGUGUGAGACCCCUGCCCUCGUGGAGCCCCCACGGGCGGUUUUUGGGGGAGUUUUCUCUGGGCAGCAGGGCUGGGGCGGCAGGAGCCCCGGAGACCCCCGGCUGUGCCCGGGCAGCAGCGCAGCAAUAAAGUCUCUUUUGUAAACCA